GUUCGCAAUUCGGAAAUCCAUCUUUUGACGUUGACGUUGUCGUUCACGUCCCAAAAACAAAUGCGACAUCCCACGCGUGCGCACAAAACGGGACGCGGGUCCGGUCAUCGCACAUUUCGAGGAUUUUGGGCAAGCGCGGCCGACAUUUUCUUCGAUUUAUCAGUCGCAAAGCACCUUCUUUUCGCCGCCGACUGUUUUGUCCAACAAUCGUUGAAACAUUUAUUGGCGUUUGUUGACGUCCGUACAGGUGGGACGUGCGUGACGCGAGCGUCUCCACGUAUCAAAGAGGCCCGGGUCGGACACGCAAGAAAGUCAGACGCACCCGCCGGCCGAGGGAGCGUUUUCGAGUUUGGGCUGAAUCAAAUCGAUUCCACAGAAUUGGCGCAGACUUGAACGGGUCGUCGCUGAUUAUUUGUCAUUCGGCUUUGUUGCUUUUCGCAUUAGCAUUCUGUCAAGCACGGGUGUCAAACGUCCGAGCCGGCCCACGGGGAUCGGUUUGCCCGUCAGGCAAGUUUUAGUUCAUUGAUUUUGGGACUCGUAGUUGAGAGAGACCAAAUAUCGCUUGUAAGCCAUGUAUGCAGUAGGAAAUUGAGUUGAACUCCUUAGAAAGCAGCGCCUGUAUGUACCGUAUCGUAUGCGUUGAAGUCAUUUGGUGUGCAAAUGUACGGUUACGUGGUUGCUGCUGCCUUUAACGCAGACGGCGCGGGUUCAAAUCCUGGGGUCGGUGCACCGGUCCCUAGCCCAAAUAGAAAUGCGUAGCUGGCGUCAGCAAGGGCGUCCGGCGUCAAAUCGGUGAAAAGUCGAAAUGUACGAGUUCAUUCGUUGCCAGCUCCUACGUGGAGACGGGCCGCUCAUUUUCCAAUUCGCAUUCACGUCAAUUCAUUGUUUGUGAUUGGGCUAAAAUAGGCCUGCUUCUUAUGGCAAAAGCUACUGGGCUAAGUUUCUUUUAAAAAAAAAAAAAAAAUAAUAAUAAUAAUAAUAAUAAAUGUAUGUAUAUUGAAAAUGAUUGUUUUACAAAGGUACAUUGAGGAUAUAGAUUCACUGCGAUCUGUAAACGAAAACACGGCUUCAUAUUAUUGAGAUUGCACCCGUUUUUUAAGAAAAUUCAAACUGCUGAAACAAGAUUUGCGGAGAUAAGUUAGAUAAGAUUAAUGAUAGUAAAUAAAAAAAAAAUGAGGGGGAAUGAAAUUGCCAUUAUUCAUAGCUUAUCGGGCCGUGAAUAUGCUGUACUAGUCCGGCCCACUUGAGCUCAAAUUGGGGUGAAUGCGCCCCUGAACUAAAAUGAGCUUGACACCCCUGCUGUAGGCCUUCUUCUUGACCACAACCCAGCAUUACUGCCACCUAGAGGAAUCGAGUGGAACACCACUGACUCGAGAGCCGAGUCGCAGGAGGAAGCCGGCGGACAUUGGUUCGCCGCGGUGAUGUCGUCGCUGAGAAUGCGCAUCAAAUCGCUCGGCGCGGCGAGAGCGGCCGUCGAGGCUUCGGCAAGACACAAAAGUCAACGGCGGCACAACGAUGGAGAUGGACAACUACUCCAUCAAGGCGGAAGUCAUCCUCCCGACGGUGCAGAAAUACUUUGAGCGCAUCCUGCCGGCGCAGUGGAGCAUGCUGGCCGCGGGGACCGUCGACUCGGCCACGCAGGUCAUCCUGGCGGACAUGUGCACGGACAUCACGCAGAAACUCUGCGCGGACACCGUUCGGGUCAUCAUCCCGGCGUUUAAGCAGCGCGCUCAGAGUGCCGACAAGAAAAGAACGAAGCUCAAAGUGGAAGGCGGACUGAGCACCGCGUUCGCGUCGGCGCUCGGCGUCCCCGAGCAGCCGAGCAAAAGUUCCCAAAAGCUGGACUCUCUCUUCAGGAGGGAGCUCUCUCAGCGGGUCAAUCACACUUUGUCCGCCGCCACCAGCGCUGACAGUCAGCUGGUGCCUCUGAUUUACAUCCCGGGAACCUUCACCAAGAUAGAAGUUCUGGCCAAGAUGGUGCUGCUGGCCUGUGGCGCUCUCAAGGUUUACCUGAGCAAGAUGGCCAUUUACACAAAGUGCUUCAGACCGUGCUGGCGCCAAAAGACCAGACAAGAACCCCCCCGUGACUCCAAGUGCGGGAACGUGUGCAUAUUUAACCGGGAAGAAACCACGGAGGCCGUGAUGAACAUCCUGCGCAGGUGGACCGACGGCGAGGAGGAGUCCCUCUCACUCAGGACAAAUCGGGAACUGAAGAAAACGGCAGCGGAAAUCGUGACAACCAUCAUCGACGACCUGCACUGCCCCGACCCCUCGGAGGAGGGACGCAGUCGCUCCUCUACGCCUCAUUUCAAUCUGGGGCUGAUAAAGGAUCAACUCUGUGAGUUCUUUGAGUCUUGUGUGCCAUGCACCAACAGCAGCAAUGAAUCUUCUCGCAAACGCAACUUUUUGAACUUUUGCCAAAAGACUUUCAAAGCGCUGUCCUCUGAGCUGCAGAGGGUCCGGUGUCGCUCCAUGCGUAUGCGCUGGGAAGAGGAGAUCCGCCUACCUGGCAGCGUACCGCAGACUCCCCAGCCAAACGCCGAGCUCAGCUUCCAGGGGCUGCGGUCAGGUCUCGAGGGCGUGUUCCACAAAGUGGCGCUACCGACGGGGGACGCUAGUGUAGAUGUGGACACAGUGCAACGGGAAGCAGACGAGUUCUCGCGAGACCUGGCAGAUCAAAUCUACCAUUACAUGACCGCCGACCAUACUACAGUCCGCUCAGCUGCAGUGUGGAGGCACUUCUCAGAGCUGCUCAUCUUAAAGGUGGAUGAGAAAAACAUGGAGGAUGUCCAAGUUCUGCAUAAGAUGGUGGACGAUGCCGCCACAAAGUUUGUACAGCAACUGCUCCUCUGGCUCAAGAUGGAACCGGUGACGAGGGGGAACCGCGCCGACGAAAUUUACGGUUGCCUGAACGACAUCGACACGCUCAUUACUGGCACCGUGAUCCCACAAAAAAUUCCAGCGGCGUGUCUGCAGGACAGGCACGGACCUCGGCCAGAGACGCCACCUGCGAAUGAGGAAUCGAGCGACGAGCUCAGUUUUUCGCUGCGUCGCGCUUGGGCUUCAUCACACCGGCCAUCGAGCGCGGCGGUGGAGAGGCCGCAACGUGGGAAGGAGUUUGUUUUUUUGGAUGAAAUAUGGAGCUAGGAACCUUGGGGGGAAACACGAGGAGGAGGUUCCCUCCCACUUUGGUGGAGAAUAAAAGACAAUUGUUCCAACUUCACACUACUCGGCAACGACGUGAAAAGGAGGGGAAAGAAACGACAGCGGAAAUGUGCAACCGUUAGUAUUUAAUCAGAAAAGCAAGUCGGCAAUCGACGAGACUCCCGGGACGAAGUGGUCAGGGUACGCGGCGGCGUCCGGCGGGAAGAAGCCAUCAAGAUGUCAAGGUAUGCAGAAGUCGUCAAGGUGAGCGCUCUCGGGAAGGUUGUAGCCCUGCCUGCCUGGCCGGAGAGGCGAGUCCCCUUCCGACAUGCGGGGACGGGAAAUACCAGAACAGGAAGACCUGCGAGUAGCCUCCGGAUCCAAGGCUCAGUACAUUGGUGAGAAUCCGAAGUUUGUGUUGAAACCUCAUUAAAGUGUACAAAAAGA